GAAUGCUCCUGGUGACGGCCGACACGCUGGGCCAUGACUUCCAUGUCUUCCAGAUCCUCACCCACCCCUGGGCUUCCUCCCAGAGUGCUGUCCACCAUCUCUAUACCCUGCACCGUGGGGAGACUGAGGCCAAGGUCCAAGACAUGUGCUUUAGCCAGGACAGUCGCUGGGUAGCCAUCAGCACCCUCCGUGGCACCAGCCAUGUGUUUCCCAUCAACCCCUAUGGUGGCGCACCCUGUGCCCGCACCCACAUGUCCCCGCGGGUGGUGAACCGGAUGUCGCGCUUCCAAAAAAGCGCCGGCCUGGAGGAGAUCGAGCAGGAGCUGAACAGGGCGGCUGCUGUGGGUGGAGGAGGAGCUGGAGGCUUAGGAGGAAGCAGCUGCAUUCUGGGCGGAGGAGGGAGCAUGGGCGGCCGCUGUAGUCCCAUACCUGGCAUCUCCAGCAGCCCCUCAGGGUCUCCACUGCAUGCCAAACUGAGCAACCAGGAUUCAUACAACAACUUCACCAACAACAACAUGGGGAAUCCCCGGCUCACCCCGCUGCCCAGCCUCACCGUGGUGCUGCCUCUGGCUCAGAUCAAACAGCCCAUGACUUUGGGGACCAUCACCAAACGCACAGGACCUUACCUCUUUGGGGCGGGAUGUUUUGCCAUUAAAACUCCAUGCAAAGCUAAACCACCCCCCCAGAUCUCUCCGAGCAAAUCCAGUGGAGGAGAGUUCUGCGUUGCUGCCAUCUUUGCUUCCUCCCGCUCCUGGUUCAUCACAAAUCCAAACUUGAAAAGAGAAAAAGAUCAAUCCCGGCAGUCGGUUGUGGACUCAUUGUACAUAAUCAGUUGCUACGGUAACGUGGUGGAGCAUGUCCUGGAGCCUCGGCCAAUUAGCACUGCACAAAAGAUUAGCGACGAGACUCCAUUGGAGCUGAGCACCUCUCCCAGAGCAUGCUGGACAUUAGCCAGGACUCCACAGUGGAACGAGUUGCAGCCACCUUUUAACUCCAACCACCCCCUGGUGUUGGCCUCAGAUCUGGUUCAGUACUAUCAAUGUCUUCUAGCUGGGAUUAACCCAGGGAGCCCAGGCCCAAUCACACGUCACGAGUCAUCUGACAGCUUGGCAUCGGAUCACAGUGGCCAAGACGAUGAAGAGUGGCUCUCUCAGGUGGAGAUUGUGACCCAUACAGGUCCCCACCGCCGCCUGUGGAUGGGCCCCCAAUUUCAGUUUAAGACUAUUCACCCAUCAGGUCAGACCACAGUGAUCUCCUCCUCAUCCUCAGUGCUUCAGUCCCACGGGCCCUCUGAUAUCCAACAGCCCCUUUUGGACUUUGACACAGAUGACCUGGACCUUCGCAGUCUUCGAAUCCAGCCAGUACGUUCAGAGCCAGUCAGCAUGCCUGGAUCAUCUCGGCUGAUGACCGAUCGCAGAGGACAAACCAACAUCAUGGAGGCCGGCUCAGGUAGGAAACUUCCUGUCCUCACUCUGAUUGGAGGCUUUCUGCUCUGUUCUGUGCUCUAUAAUUAGUUUUCUGUCUUAUCUCCUGCCUGUG